AUGCGGGUUACACCCAAAUCGAUGACUUCAUCCUUAAGAGUCAUCUCUUCAGUCACAACCACCAGUCAAAGAUAUCUGAAUCCAAAUUUAAGUCAAUCUAGUAUCAGAUCGUUUUAUACUACUCCAAUUCCAUCUCAAAUAGCCCGGACGAAUGUAUCAUCUGCAGAGUAUAAAAAAGUUUACUAUUCAGACCCUUCAGAUUUAAGCAGACCUCUAGAUACUUUCCAAAGACGUCAUUUAGGCCCAAACCCAGAUAAUGUAGCAACUAUGUUGAAAACUAUGGGGUAUACUGAUUUAGAAGAAUUUGUCAAAGCUAUUGUUCCACCCAAAAUCCUGGCUAGAAGACAACUAAAGCUUGAAUCACCAACCUAUGGGUUUACUGAGACCGAAAUGCUAAAAAAUCUAGAAAAAAUAGCAAACAAGAAUAAUUAUAAAGUUCAAAAUCUAAUCGGUAAGGGUUAUUACGGUACCAUAACUCCUCCAGUUAUUUUAAGAAAUAUAUUAGAAUCACCAGAAUGGUAUACUUCCUAUACUCCAUAUCAACCAGAAAUUUCUCAAGGGAGACUAGAGUCUCUUUUGAACUUCCAAACUGUCAUCACAGAAUUGACCGGUUUACCAAUUGCUAAUGCAUCAUUGUUAGAUGAAGGGACUGCUGCUUCAGAGGCAAUGUUAUUAUCAUUUCAUUUAUCUAAAAAGAAAAAGACUAAAUAUGCUAUCGAUAAGAAUUUAUUCGAACAAACAAAAAGUGUACUGCGUACAAGAGCCAAACCUUUCAAUAUUGAAUUGAUUGAAAUCGAUUGUUCUGAUGUUUCCAAGGCAAAAGAAAUCUUGAAAGAUAAAAAGGUUGCUGGUUGUUUGAUCCAACAAUUUGGUAGUGAUGGUACUGUCAUUCCAUGUGAAACUAUGUCAGAGCUUUCAGAGGCUGUUCAUUCUGUAGGAUCACUAUUAUCAGUAGCUUCAGAUUUAAUGGGGUUAGUUCUCACCAAACCACCUUCUGAAUGUGGUGCUGAUAUUGUUUUGGGGUCUUCUCAAAGAUUUGGUGUUCCAAUGGGGUACGGUGGUCCUCAUGCUGCCUUCUUUGCCGUUAUCGAAAAGCUAAGUAGAAAGAUACCCGGUAGAAUUGUAGGUAAAUCAAAAGAUCGUCUUGGAAAUCCAGCUUUGAGAUUAGCCUUACAAACAAGAGAACAACAUAUUAAACGUGAUAAAGCAACCUCUAAUAUUUGUACUGCGCAGGCUCUUUUGGCUAACGUUGCUGCUAUGUAUGCUGUUUACCAUGGUCCACAAGGGUUGAAAAAUAUAGCAGAAAGAAUAUAUGGAUUUACCUCUUUACUGGGAGAAUUUAUUAAAUCUGAUAUGACAAAUUGUACUUUGGUUAAUAACACUUGGUUUGAUACUUUGACAAUUAAAAUAAAUUCAAAUAUUACAAGUGAUGACUUAUUAAAAAUAGCUUUAGAAGAUUACAAUAUGAAUUUAUGUAAAAUCAAUUCGGAUACUGUUUCUAUUUCAUUUGAUGAAACAACUACAUUAGAUGAUGUUAAUAAAUUAAUCUCUUUAUUCUCGACCUCCAAGGAUACUAAAUUUGUAAUUCCUAAAGAUCAAAAAUUAUCCCAAUAUCCAACUCAGCUCAAACGUUCAAACGUUAUAUUACAGCAAGAUGUUUUUAAUAAAUAUCAUAGUGAAACCGCAAUGUUAAGAUACAUGCAUCGCUUACAGUCUCGUGAUUUAUCAUUGGCAAACUCAAUGAUUCCAUUGGGUUCUUGUACUAUGAAAUUAAACGCCACUACAGAAAUGAUUCCGAUGACUUGGCCACAAUUUGCCAAUAUUCACCCAUUUCAACCAAUUGAUCAAGUUGAUGGUUAUAAAGAAAUGAUACAAUCUUUUGAAAAAGAUUUAGUUGACAUUACUGGGUUUGCUGGUGUUUCUUUACAACCAAACUCUGGUGCAUCAGGUGAAUAUUCAGGUCUAAGAGUAAUUAGACAAUAUUUAGAAGAUAUUGGCGAAGGACAUAGAAACGUUUGUUUAAUCCCAGUUUCAGCACAUGGUACUAAUCCUGCAUCGUCUGCUAUGUCAGGUUUAAAAGUGGUACCAAUAAACUGUUUGGAAGAUGGUACUUUAGAUUUAGUUGAUUUAAAGGGAAAGGCAGAAAAAUAUAAAAAUGAAUUAGCUUCAAUAAUGAUUACUUAUCCUUCUACUUAUGGUAUGUAUGAAGCUGGUGUUAAGGAGGCUAUUGAAAUUGUUCAUGCAAAUGGAGGUCAAGUUUAUUUAGAUGGUGCUAAUAUGAAUGCACAAGUAGGUUUAACUUCUCCAGGUGAUUUAGGUGCUGACGUUUGUCAUUUGAAUUGUCAUAAAACAUUCGCAAUUCCACAUGGUGGUGGUGGUCCAGCGGGUGCACCAAUUUGCGUUAAAGAACACUUAAAACCAUACUUACCAAAGCAUGAUGUUAUGGAAAUGCUUUCAGAUAUAGGUACUGAAAAAUCAAUUGAUGCAGUUUCUUCAGCUGCUUAUGGUAAUGCAUUAGUUAUUCCAAUUUCGUACACCUAUAUAAAAAUGAUGGGUAAUAAAGGUCUGCCAUAUUCCAGUAUAAUCGCAAUGUUAAACGCUAAUUAUCUGAUGUAUAAAUUGAAAGAUUAUUAUGAAAUUUUAUUUGUGAGUAAAGGUACUGAGAAACAUUGCGCACAUGAAUUUAUUAUUGAUUUAAGAAGUAUUAAAAAAUUAGGUAUUGAAGCUAUUGAUAUUGCCAAGAGAUUACAAGAUUAUGGUUUCCAUGCUCCAACAUUAGCUUUCCCAGUUCACGAUACAUUAAUGGUAGAGCCAACUGAAAGUGAAAAUAUCGAAGAAUUGGAUAGAUUUAUUGAGAGUAUGAUUAGUAUUAAAGGAGAAAUUGAUGAAAUCAUUGCUGGCACGUUGGGUGAAGGCAUCUUAAAGAAUGCACCACAUUCAAUCGAAGACUUCAUCACCAGUAAUGAUUGGGACAGUAGAGGAUAUACAAGAGAAAGGGCUGGGUAUCCUGUUGCAUAUUUGAAAUAUAAUAAAUUCUGGCCAGUUGUUGCUCGUUUAGAUGAUACUUAUGGUGACAUGAAUCUAAUAUGUACUUGUGGCAAUGUGGAAGAUUAUGUUUCAAAAUAA